GGCGGCUUAUGCAAGCGCUGUUUGUGUCGCUCCUGCCCGCGGAGGGAGGCUGCAGGAGAAGAUGUUUCUUGAAAGCUGCUCUGCUGGGGUCGCAGAGGUGCUGAACCAUGGCCGACUUGGAUCACAACCUCAGUCUCGCGGACGCUCUGACAGAGCCACCUCCCGAGAUCGAGGAAGAAGUGAAAAGGGACUUCAUCGCCACUCUGGAAGCAGAGAAGUUUGACGACGUGGUUGGAGAAACAGUAAACAAAACAGACUACGUUCCUCUGCUGGAUGAUGACGAUGCAAAAGCUGGGAGCCAGGAACCAAAAAGCAAAGCCCAUGCAGACGGCAUUCAGGUGGAACAUACUUCAGCUUCUGGGCCAACGGUUCUAGAAAAUGGUGACCAUGGAAUAGAAGAUCACCGCCCAGUGUUCCCAGGAGAAAUCAUGGAUGAAAAGCUGUCCUACAAGGAAUUUCUGGAUCGCAAUGACACCUGGGCGAUGGACGACAGAGACCUGUGCUUUGAAUCGCAGCCGGGGUUCAAACCCAUGGAGGUGGCAGACCCCUUCGGCAUGCACCGAGGGGAGAACCUCCCCGAUUUGGCCUUUCCUGCUGACAUGAGGAAUGUGCAGCUCUUCACGGACCACGCUGACACUUCCACAGACAUCCACGCACCGCAUGGAUCUAUGAUGGUACCUGAACAACCUUUCCUGGGAUCCCCCUAUUGUCCUGCGGAGGUUCUAGACCCAUCAGCCUUCAUGGGCCUGGACUCAGCUGCAGAAUUUCUGCAAGACAACGCAGUGCCUGAAGAACAUUGGAUGGGAGCUCAGCAUGAUGUGAAGGGACCAGAUGCCUCUUUCUUUGUUGAGCCAUCAGUGCCCCCCACAGUGACUGAAGCAAAAAAGCCAAAUUUGCCAGAAAGCCCGGAGGCAGUGACUCCUGAUUUUGUUCCUACUGCAAUAACAGCAUCCCCAGAAGGGGCUGAAGCUACUGAUGCAUCAGAAGGUGACAUACCAGCAGAUGCAGAGUGUGUUCCUGCCUCGGAUGUCACGUCCAUUUCUGCAGAAAAAGCUGGGGCCAUCCUUGCAGGAGACACCAAGCCUCCCCGAGCUGCAGAUGCUGGAUUUGCACCUGCAGCAGAAGCAGAGCCUCCUCAGGCUGUGGAUGUGGGGUUUGCUCCUGCCCCAGAAGCCAAGCCUCCUAAUGGUAUCGAUGCCACGUUCGCCCCAGUGGCGGACACCGGCUUGAACCCAGCAGCAGAUUCGAAGUCCCAUCACGCCGUGGAGCUGGAGUUUGCCCCAGCGGCAGACGCAGGAUUUGCCCCGGCAGCAGACACCAACUCUCACCAUGCUAUGGAUCUGGCAUUUAGCCCAGCAGCAGACGCUGAGUCUCGUCAUGCUGUGGAUUUGGAGUUUGCCCCUCCAGCAGAAGCUAACCACCUGCACGCUCUGGAGUCUGGGUUUGCUCCUGUUGCAGAAGCCAAGCCUUUUCCUGCUGUGGAUUCAGGUUUUGUCUCUGCCUCAGAAGCUAAGUCUGUCCCUGCAGCUGACACCAAGGCUGCUACACCUGAAGAGCUGAUAACACCUGAGUCUUCUGCUGAGCACGGCAAAUCACCCCUCCGUGAGCCUCCUGCAGAAGCACCUGCAAGCAUGGAACAAGAACUGAAAGGCCCAGAGGCUUGUGUUGAUCUUCCGUUAGAGAAAGCCAAAGACAGUAUUCCACCUCCCAGCCACCAUGAAGAUCGUCUUCCAGAACAGACAAACCAUCUUCCAGAAGCAGCAGUUCCAGUAGAAGCAAAAGAAGUUGUUGCACUAGAAAAUAAAGACCUCCUUCCAGAAAAACCUGUUACUACUGUGGAUGUUACUGUUACAGAGGAACAAAAGGAGCAGGCUGAACACAACCAUAUCGAGCAUGCACAACCCCAGCAAGAAAAAGCUCUACAGGAACCUACAGGUCUACCUACUGCACAAAUAAGGCAAGCUAACAAAUCAAGUGACCGCAGGUUUGGCAGAGCAAAACCUGCAGCAGUGCCUAUUGCAGAUGUGCCAGAGGAACGGCAAAUAGGUCUGCCACAGCAGAAGAGCACUGACCCCAGAGUAGACCCCUGGUCGGUAGCGGAGCCUGGAUCUGUUGCUGGAGCAUCCCCUCGCACUAGGGUUUCACAUAAAAAGGCAACCGAGCAGCCGUCCGGUGCGCUGCCAGAGCUUGUGGAGAGCUGCAGAGAUGCACCCAGGGAGAGCUGGGACUGGGAAGGUUCUCUGGCUGUUGUGAAGAAAAAGAAAAAGAAACCAAAACAAAAGAGAAACCAGCUGCCAAGAGCAAUGGAGUUCUGGGAUGAAAACACAGCAGUCUCAAGAGCUCCUAAAAAUUCUCCAGUUGGUGGUGAAUUGCAAAAACCAGGUGGUGGCCCCAUAAUGCCCAACAGAGCUUCAGAUGUGCCAAAGGAUGCUAAAAUAAUAACUGGAAGUCCCAUCCUGGAUGAUCCAAAUGCCUUCUCAGUGCCGGCACCGGGACUGCAGGCCCAGAAAAGCAGCAUGCCAUUUGAGCCAGCAAAAAAUAGAGACUUCAUGCCAACAGAAGACGUGAGAGGUGACAGCUGGAUGUUGCACUCCAAAGGGAAGAGAAAACAGGUUCCCCUGAAGCAGGGAGGUGAGACUAAGCCGGGGGAACCUGCUACAGCAAAGGUGCUGACCAAGCCUGUGGAAAGAGGUUUUCCUGGUAAAAAUGAGAAGAGGGGGUCUGACGAGUCAGGAUGUGCUGGCCUGCAGGCUUCUCUUUCAGAAGCCAUCAAUGUAAGCAAAGUAGAAACUCCUUUAGAGGUCAAGCCUUCAGCAACCCUCCUUUCUUACAAGGAGAAGGAAGCUGAGUGCGUAUCUCCCAGGCGUGAAGCAUCCAGCGACGCUGUCCGCCGUCAGACUCCCAGUGGGUCACUGGAAGAAGCAGCGAAGAAAAGAGGUAGCUGCGAAAAAAGCAAAGGGGUUGAAAACGAAUCCUUCCAAGAGCCUGCUCCUCCAGGGGCUGUGGCCCCAUCAAACCAGCCUCCUGACAAGCCAGCGGCAGCUGAAGAAACCAAGCCAGUGUCCCCUGACAAGCGCAUGGCAGUUGGCUUUAGUACUUCAGAGGGAACAUGGAAGACGCCCGCAGAUACUACUAAAAUGCCCGUUACACAGUUAGUGGUGCAAAAACCCGAGGAAGUUACUUCUCUGCAGAACAGGAGGGCUGACAGUUUUCCAGAGCAGCCGUUUCUUCUAGCAGCUAAGCCUGAUGCAGCCAAACAUCCCGCUGCUGCUGCUGAAGCAGCAGACGGAGCUGGAGUAGCAGAUUCCCCUGAUAAAAACAAAGGGGACGGAUUUAUUGCGUUAGAGCAGCAGACUGGAAAAGAUCUCAGUAUUGCUCAUGGGAUGGACAGACCUAAAAAAAAGCGUGGUGAAGGGAAAGUCAAAAAAAACAAAAGUUCCCCUGAGCAGGUAACUGCUUUGGAGGAUGUAGGCAAAGCUGCUGAUGGAGUGAAGGCAGAGGAGACCAUAAAAGAAGCAAGUUGCUCUGAUAAGGGCAGGGAGCCUGGGUUUCCUACAAGAGGACACCCGUCAGCCAGUGCACAAACCUACCCUGCAAAAACAGCAGACAAGCCAAAAAAAAGAGGUAGUGAUGGAAAAAGUAAAAAAGGUGAGAAAGGUAUUUUCCAGCAGCCUUUUCUUGAGAGUAAGAUGGACCUUAGUGGUCUUCCUGCCAAGACUGAUAAAACCGAGGAAGUCAGUGAUAGGGGUGGCGAGAGAGGCUGUAGUGCUGGGUGCUUUCAGGAGAAUGUAUCGGAGGGAACUAAAAUUCAGAGGCCCGUUGAACUAAAACCAGAGAGGCCUAAAGAAAAUGUUGGAAAAAGUGAAGCGGCUGCUGUGGUUGCUUUAGACCAACCGUUCUUUCUGGAGGGUAGGAGAGAUGAGAGAAAGCAUCUUGCCAUGGCUGACACAAUCAGCACAACCAAGGAGGUAAACGCGAUGGCUAAAGGCAAGGAGGCUGGACUUACUUCUCCAGGUGAAUUCGUUGUGACAGAUUCUGAUGCAAUCUUCAUGCCAGACAAACCUAGGAAGAGAAGCAGUGAUGGGAAAAGGAAAAAAAGCGAAAAAAGUUCUUAUGGGCAGUCAGCUGAAAUGGACACUAGGGUGGGAGCAAGCAGUGUUCCAAACAAAGAGAAGGUGGCUGGAAAAACAAAGGAAAUGACCUUUGAUAAAGAUAAGGCAUCUGAUUUGGAAAGAGAGGUUUUGCUGGAGAACCUGACAGGAAUAGCCAAAGAGGUGUUAGAAAAGCCUGAAGAAGAGGGUGGUGAUAGGAAAGGUUCCUCUAACCAGCCAGUUCUUUCAGGUCCUAAAACAGAGACAGCAGAGCCAGAAACAGCCAGCACUAAAGAGACUUGGCCCGGUACUAAAGGUAAGGAACUAGAUGUGAAAACAGCUGAGCCUCUGCUGGAGCACGGGGCAGAUGCAGCCACGGCAUGCGGUCCCAUCAGGGACCUGGUGACAGACAAGCCUAAGAAAAAAGGUAGAGAAAUGAGAGGCAAAAAGGCUGAAAAUAGUCCUGAGCAGUCUGCCGCAGCGGGUCCGGAUAACAUCCCUGCUGUAGGCAGAGAGGUGGGAAAUACUAAACAAACUCAGUCUAAGGACAAAGAGAAUGAUUUCAGGACUUUAGUGAGUCUGCUAGAUGACCCGUCUGAUACAGGUAGAGCACAAGCUCCUGCUGCACCUCUGGAGCCAGAAAAAUUGAGCACAAAUAAUAAAGAGAAAUGCAAAAAGGUGGAGGCUAGCUUGGAGCAGUCGUUUCUUCUGGAGCCCAAAGCAGGUGCAGAGAUGUUUCCUCUUCCUGACAAGGAGACAUCUGCCAAAUCUGAAGCAGAAAGUCCUGCUCCUGGUAGCACUGGGGUUGGACUUCCUAUUCUAGAGCACCCAGCAGUGUCAGAUCACAGCUCGGCCACAGCUACUGAUAGAUCUAAAAAGAGAGGUAGUGAGGGAAGAAGUAAAAAGUCUAAAAAUGCCCCUGAGCAGCUUGCUUUUCUAGAGACAAAAAUGAACAAGAGUAAAGUGCUGCCUCCCAUGGGACCUGAGAUGGAAUAUGGAAUGGAAGAAAUGGAUUUUGUAGAUGAAAACAGAAAUAUUAAAGGUUUUCCCAUCGGGCCUCAAAUGCUUUGGAAUAAUAAAGGAAACUACCCUGAAUCCUUUGCUCAGGCUGCAGUACGGGGCCCUGAUGACACUGGCAAUGUUUCUUCUGGCUUCCCAAAGCACACAGAGAGAGGUACAGGAGCUAAGGAGCUUCCUUCUCCUGAGAUGACGGCAGAGAAGAGCAGCAAAGAGCCUGGGCCUAGUGCUAAGGAGGGGAUCCAGAUACAGAAAACUCCUGAGAAACCAGACAAUUUGAAACAUGAGGAGCCUGGAAAACAGCUUUCAAAGAAAGAGAAUGAUAAAACUGAAGAGACUGCUUCCCAGGGUGGUGUUGAGGCAGGUAAAGCACUUUCUCCGGAUCCUUCAGUUAAACAGGACAUUAAAUCAAAACAGGAUGAAAUUUACCUUUCUCCUGUGGCAAAGGUCGAUGAUAAAGAAAUAAAAACCACCGACAAAAAGCAAAUCACUGACAACACUUCCUCUGACCUUCCUCAGAAGGUGGCAGGUACCAAACACAGCCCAGCUCCCCUAGGUGCCAAAGGGACAGAGAAACUAGAAGAAAAUGUCUCUUUUGGAGAGAAGGGCACGGCAAUACCAGAGAGCAAGGCAGACGCAGCCACAUCGCAGGUGGUGGAAGCUCUGGUGGAGAAGAAAGCCGAAGAGGUUGGGUUGGAUGGAGGCAGGAUUAGAGAGCAGGGCUCAGCGAAGUGCCCGGGCAGUUGGGACAAGAAAGCAGCUGAAGCAGAGGCAGCUGGUGUAAAUCUACCAGCUGCCCAAAUAACCCAAGUCAGUCCUGAAGGUAACAGCGAAGCUCAUCCUCGCCCAGCAGAAGAGGAUGCUGCUCACCUGAAGGAUGGCCCAGCAUCGAAGGCUGCGGGAGAUAAAGACACAAUUAAAGAAAAUGAAGAGGAAUCUGAACAAAAAGCUGGAAAGGAGGCAAAGAAAGAGAGAGUUAAAGCAACAGAACAGCUGAAAGGCUACAUGAGACCCACAAAGUCCAGAGGGGUGCCGACUCUACCAGCCAGGUCUGCUGCUCAAGACCAGGAGAGACCAAAGCAGCUGAGAGCCACUGGUAUAAGCCGGCAGAGGCAAGAAAAAGCAAAACCCGAAGAGCCCAAACCAGCUGAAGCCGUGGCAGGGAACGACAUCACAGCGCCUCCAAACAAAGAGCUUCCUCCCAGCCCGGAGAAGAAGACGAAGCCUGCAGCAUCCACACCAUCAGCAAAGCCUGCAGCAACGAAAGCCAGGCCGCUGUCCGCUACCAGCCCCAAGCGGCCAGCCUCUGCCGCACCCGCCCAAAACAAAAAGCCCACGAGCCCUACCGCAGGUCCUACUGCAGCCACUACUCCUAAACGCCCAGCCACCAGUACUACACGUCCCUCCACCUUAACUCCAAAAGAGACUAAACCAAAGGUUACAGAUGCAAAGAGCCCCGACAAGCGGACCUCACUUUCAAAGCCUCCAUCAUCCGUCACUCCUAGAACUACUGCCAGGAGCACCCCCGCUGCUCCUAAGACAACAGCAGCAUCUCCCGUCACUGCAGCUGCUGGGACAAAAAGCACCACCACUUCUCCACCGAAGAGGCCGACGUCUAUCAAGACUGAUGCGAAGCCUGCAGAGGCCAAGAAGACCGCGGCAAAGUCACCAUCAGCAGACUUGGCCCGCCCUAAGAGCGCUUCUGGAAAUGCAGUAAAAAGUAGUGCCACCACUCCUACCACCACCUCGAGCGCGCCUAGUUUACCUGGAGCAGCCACCAGCCGUCCCAAACCCAAGCCUGCUGCAACCAAACCCACUACAACCUCAGCUGCAACUGCGGAUGCUAAAAAAACAACUGCUAAGGCUCCAACUAAACCCAGCGCUGUUUCCAAGCCUCCUCGCCCAACCAGCAGCGUUUCUGCCCCAGAUCUGAAAAAUGUACGUUCCAAAAUCGGAUCAACAGACAAUAUUAAGCAUCAGCCUGGUGGAGGAAAGGGGAAAGUAGAGAAAAAGCCAGAAUCAGCUGCUGCUGCUCGAAAGCCUGAACCCAAUGCGGUCUCUAAAAUGGCUACAGCUAAAACAACCGUAACAAAAGAGGGUGCCCCCAAACAGCCCAAUGGGAAAGUCCAGAUAGUCUCCAAAAAAGUGAACUACAGCCAUGUUCAGUCCAAGUGUGGUUCCAAGGACAAUAUUAAGCAUGUCCCUGGAGGUGGGAAUGUGCAGAUCCAGAACAAGAAAGUUGACCUUUCCAAAGUGUCCUCCAAGUGUGGCUCGAAAGCAAAUAUCAAGCAUAAGCCAGGAGGAGGAGACGUCAAAAUCGAGAACCAGAAGCUGAACUUCAAGGAGAAGGCCCAGGCCAAAGUGGGUUCUCUGGACAACGUGGGACACUUGCCAGCAGGAGGAACAGUGAAGAUUGAAUCUCACAAGCUGACGUUCCGUGAGAAGGCCAAGGCUCGAACAGACCACGGAGCGGAAAUCGUCGUCUCCAAACCCCCCAACCUUUCCAGCAGCACCUCCCCCUGGCGUAGCACAUCCGUCAGCGAGAGCCUGGGCUCAGUCGCCUCCUUGUCACCGCUGCAACAGCCAGCUCCCCUUGCAGCGCUUUCUCAGCAAGGCUUGUGACCCCCCCGCCCCGUCUCCCUCGCGCUCCCCCCCCCAGGAACGCAGCUUGGCUCUCUUAACCCGGCGUCUGGCUUUAGGUGGGAAGGGGACAGUGUUUAGCAGGGCUAGCGUCCCUUUCGGCCGCGCUGCCCCUCGGGUCAGCGCCGUCUGGUCGGCCGUAGGCACGGGAGCGUCCUGGCCGCGCAGCCCCUGCCCGAGCGUGUCAGCCUUCGGUCCCUCGGGGGGCUGGGAAGCGCUGCCCUCCCUCCCUCUCCUCGCCUCAUCCCUUUUGCUUUUAGGAGGAUCCUGGAGGGACUGGUAGUCGUGUUUCGGGACGGCACCCGGCGACCUCCAGCCCACGGCCGCUGUCCCGGCGCGCCGGGGCUGGCGAGCGGGAGGCUGGGGGGAAGCGCGCCUCCGCUGCUGGUGGAGCCAGGCCGGAGUUAACAGGGAUAAGCUGUGGUCUUUCUUUUUAAGACAAAAAAAAAACAAACAACCCCCCUUUUCCUCCUUGCUGCUUCAGUUUCUGCUGAUCCUGUUUGAUGAUGAUAUAUAUUAGACACACACGUUAGGCUGUUUUAACUGUUGACUUUAGCCUUUUAUUCUUUGUGACGAUGUGUUGAUGAUUUAUCGUGCUACCGACCCGUGCUAAGUUUCCUUUUCUCUUUUCCUUCUUUUCCUAACCGUAGGAGAGUUAGAGACAUUAACCGCUGCUGCAGUGCUGGCUUCUUACUGACAUAUCCAGCAAUUGUAACUUUUUGUUGUUGGUUUUUAAUAUUUUAAAACGAUGGAGCAAAAUUCAUGGGAUUAAGCCAUGUCUGAAAUGAAAGGCACAGGAAUGUGUUAAAGGCAGACUCCGUGCUGUAACAGCUCACGUGAAGCCUGCGUUGACCGCACCGAGAUGAGUUGAGUCGAUGCUGGUAAAAACCUCCUGUAGGGCCAAAGCGCCGGCCCUGGAGGAGGCCGUGGCACCUGCUGUGGGUUAGCAAAGACGGUUUAUUAUUUAUUAACUGGCGGAGCCGAAGCCCUGGCUUCUUUUCCAGCCGGGGCCCGAGGUCUGGAGGAAGGGCAGGAGGCUGCUUUCGCGGCGGAGUUGCAGGUUAACGCGGGCCGGGAGUUCUGAGGCAAGCAGGUCUGUGGUGCGCGUGGUUUUAACCGGGGCUGGCGCGUGGGGAACCACGCCGUCAGGCCGAACGGGGCCGCUGGGGGCCGCGGGGAGGAAGGAGCGGCCACCCUGCGCCCAGGGCACGAGGCGGGGGUCGCGGGACGUCUGUGGAGGGCUGGAGGGGGGGCAGCGCCCCGCUGGGGCCGGCAGGUUUGUAGUGCCAGGGAGCUGCAGCUCUGACUCGGGAGGGGAUCGCUACGUACUCUUUGAGGCUCUUGAGCUCCUCGUUUGAUGUUGCAAAUGACACUAAAAAAAAAAAAAAAAAGAAAUGUAAAUAAAAAAGAAAAAAAGAAGUGUUCUUGGGUCGUCAAACUAAUUUAAAGCAAAAAAAAAAAAAAGGCGGAGUAACAAAACACUGGGAUCAAACUGAACCAGGCGUGUGCGAAGGGGGAGCUGAUCAAAGGAGGGGACAGAGGGAAGCCUGCAGCUUCUCAUGCUUGUGGGAAUAUUUCUUUGGGAAAGCCGACAAUGACACGAUAACCCGGAAUCUGUAUUUACACACAAAGAUUCUUAUUGCACUUGUAUUUUUUAUAUUAAAGUUUGCAUGAUUUCUAAUAAAAUGGCAUUAAAAUGUACUAGUUUGCA